AUGGGGGUAUCAUUCUCCUCUACUUUCACCAAGCAAGAAGACGUGGAAGUUGCUCUAGACUCCGUCACUGUUAAGUCCAUAAGCUUCGGCGAUGACGACGAGUGCAAGACUCCCAAGAGAUCUGUUAACUUCAAUGACAGAACUCUCGAGCCAACGAUCUUGAAAUCUUUGGGAACUGGUGGUAAAAUGGUUGUUGAGAAAUCUAUUAGCUUCAAAGGGAUGUCACUGGAUAGAAUGAUAGAGAACGGUUUUGAGUUAGACAAUGCAGAGAUUGCUAGAGAACUCUCAGUUCUUGACCCAAAGAACCCUAAACACGAAGCUGCUAUUAAGUUACAAAAAGUUUACAAGAGUUUUCGUACGAGGAGGAAGCUGGCUGAUUGUGCAGUGCUCGUGGAGCAAAGCUGGUGGAAGCUAUUGGAUUUUGCUGAGCUGAAGAGAAGUUCUAUAUCUUUCUUUGAUAUUGAGAAGCACGAAACCGCGAUUUCGAGGUGGUCUAGAGCUAGGACUAGAGCAGCUAAGGUUGGUAAAGGUUUAUCCAAGAAUGGAAAAGCACAAAAGCUUGCUCUACAACACUGGCUUGAAGCGAUUGACCCGAGACAUCGGUAUGGACACAACCUGCACUUUUACUACAACAAAUGGCUCCAUUGUCAGAGUAGAGAACCUUUCUUCUACUGGCUUGAUAUUGGCGAGGGAAAAGAAGUAAAUCUUGUGGACAAGUGUCCUCGUUCGAAACUUCAACAACAGUGCAUCAAGUACCUUGGUCCGAUGGAAAGGAAAGCUUAUGAGGUUAGUGUGGAAGAGGGCAAGUUUUUUUACAAGAACAGUGGAGAAAUGCUUCAUACUUCUCCUAUGGAAGAAAGUGAUUCCAAAUGGAUUUUCGUGCUCAGCACGUCGAAAGUGUUGUACGUUGGGAAGAAGAGGAAGGGUACGUUUCAGCAUUCAAGUUUCUUAGCUGGAGGAGCUACUGUUGCUGCAGGGAGAUUAGUUGUUGAGAGUGGUGUUCUCAAGGCUGUUUGGCCACAUAGUGGUCAUUAUCAACCUACUGAAGAGAAUUUCUUGGACUUUCUUUCUUUCUUAAGAGAGAACAAUGUUGAUAUCACUGAUGUUAAGAUGAGUCCUACAGAUGAAGAUGAGUUUUCUCUUUACAAACAAAGAAGCACUCACAUGAGAAACCAUUCUUUGGAAGAAGAUUUGGAGCCUGAGAAGACCAUUACCUUGCAAGACAAGGCUGAUCCAAUAGAAGUAGAAGAAACAACUCCAGUGAUGGAUAAUAUCGAAACACCGAAAAGAAUGGAGUCUAGUAAAGUAUCUGAAGACUAUGAUUCUGGUGAUGAUGAGGAGGAAGAGGAAGAGAUAUUUGACUUAGAACAAGAACCAAUACCUUCAGAGCAGAGCUCACCAAGAGAGGAACAAGAAACCAAAGAGAGUGAAGUAGUGAAGAUUCCAGAAGAAUCAAUCCUAAAAAGGAUCAAUUCAAAGAAGGAAAGUAGAUCUUUCCAACUUGGGAAACAACUAUCAUGCAGAUGGACAACUGGUGCAGGACCAAGAAUUGGUUGUGUAAGAGAUUACCCAUCAGAGCUUCAGUUUCAAGCACUGGAACAAGUCAACUUGUCUCCGAGAAGUGCUUCUGUUUCAAGACUCUGUUUCUCAUCCUUGUCCCACACGCAAACGCCUCAGAUGUCACCGUUAUGGCGAGGAAUGUCAUUACCUGCAGAUAUCAUCACACAUUCGUAA